GGAUGAGAGUGAACGAGAGCGAGCUGAACAGCUCCGUCCUCCCGCGGGACCCGCCGGCCGAGGGCGCCCCGCGCCGCCAGCCCUGGGUGACCUCCACUUUGGCUGCCAUCCUCAUCUUCACCAUCGCGGUGGACCUGCUGGGCAACCUCCUGGUCAUCCUCUCCGUCUACCGCAACAAGAAGCUGCGAAACGCGGGAAAUGUGUUUGUUGUAAGCCUGGCAGUUGCAGACUUGAUAGUAGCUAUCUACCCUUAUCCACUGGUCCUCACAUCUGUGUUUCACAACGGAUGGAAACUGGGAUACCUACACUGCCAGAUUAGUGGCUUCUUGAUGGGCCUAAGUGUCAUUGGAUCAAUCUUCAAUAUUACAGGCAUCGCUAUCAAUCGGUACUGCUAUAUCUGCCACAGUCUCAAAUAUGACAAGCUGUACAGCGACAAGAAUUCAUUGUGCUAUAUUGUUCUUAUAUGGGUCCUAACAUUUGUUGCUAUCGUGCCCAACCUGUUUGUGGGAUCACUGCAGUAUGACCCCAGGAUUUACUCCUGUACAUUUGCACAGUCUGUCAGCUCAGCAUAUACCAUAGCAGUUGUGUUUUUCCACUUCCUGCUUCCCAUAGCCGUAGUCACUUUCUGUUACUUGCGAAUAUGGAUCCUCGUUAUUCAGGUAAGGCGAAGGGUUAAACCGGAUAACAACCCUAGGCUGAAACCACAUGACUUCAGAAACUUUGUGACCAUGUUUGUGGUAUUUGUGCUGUUUGCAGUCUGCUGGGCUCCUUUGAACUUUAUAGGCCUUGCAGUGGCCGUCAACCCAAAAACUGUAAUCCCUAGGAUUCCAGAGUGGUUGUUUGUGUCUAGUUAUUACAUGGCAUAUUUCAACAGCUGCCUUAAUGCUAUAGUAUAUGGACUCCUGAACCAGAACUUCAGAAGAGAAUACAAGAGAAUUAUUGUCACUUUUUGUACGGCAAAAGUUUUUUUCCAGGAUAGUUCUAAUGAUGCAGGAGACAGAAUGAGAAGCAAACCUUCUCCACUGAUUACAAACAACAAUCAAGUGAAGGUGGACUCUGUCUGAAAAGUGGGA